AUGAAGGUUUUGAUGUUACUGAGUUUAUUUUCCCUGUUAGUAUUUGGUUUCAAUCACGACUUGAGUGAUAAUUUAGAUGAUGACGAAAAAGACUUAUUUUGUGCUCUAAUAAACCAUAAAACAGAAUCGUAUAUCGAUUUAUCACAAUUAACACCUACUCCAAAUAAGCGGACUAACCUUCCUGACUCAAGUGAUAAUAAAAGUCGCAAUAACCAACAGUCACCAAUAACACCAAAGACAAGAUGGCUGGUUAAAGGAUGGGAUUACGAUUCCCCAUGCACCUAUAACAAUUUCACUUUGAGUAUUUGUUCUAGCGCCAUUACUUCUAAACAACAAGAAGAACCAGAUUUUCCAUUAACAAAUAGUACAGGUGCUUAUUUCUUCGAUAAUUCAACAAAAGAAUAUAUUUCCAUAGGUAAUUUUAAUACAAAGCCGAUUUUAUUAGGUGAUAGAAGUAUUGUUAAUAGAAAAAUAACACUAAGGUAUGCAAAUGGCUCUAUAUGUCCUAAUGGUAACGAGCGUAGAUCUACAUUAAUUAACUUUGUUUGUGAUAGAGAAAUUCAAACUAAUGCUCAAAUUAAUUUCUUGGGAAGUUUACAUGAUUGUGCAUAUAUGUUUGAAGUUAGAAGUAUAUAUGCAUGUCAACUUCUCAUCAGAGCAACGAUGUUAAUGUUAAACGUAUUUUUUUGGUAUCUUUUUGUUUUCUUUUUAGUCGAAGUUGCAAGAAGACAAAUGUUAAAAAUGAUUAGUUCAAAUAGUUCUAGUCAUCAUAACAACAGCAGCUAUUUUUCAAACAAUAGAGGUGAUUCUUAUCAAACUAGAUGGGAGAUAAUUGAAAAUGAACCAAAAUGGAAAAUGGUAAUAAAAUUCAUCGUCAACAAAGUUUCAAGAAUUCCAAAUAUAAUCGUAAAGAGACUAUCAAGAGAAAAUAUGGCUUCUAAAUAUCAAAUCAACACCGGAGCAUAUUCAAGAAUAUCGAAUCCAUUCAGCCAACCAAACAACAAUGAAGGAACCAUACGGUUGAGUGCAUCGGACAGAUCACAAGAUUCAUUUAUUAGAGAUAUGGAAAUUCAAAAUAAUAUUUUGGAUAAUCUAGAUCGCUAUAACACUAAUUCUCCAUCGUCACUGGUACCAACAGACAAUAACAACAGUUCGACCAGUGCGUCAAAUCACGACAAUAUAAACAGAAGCAUAUAG